AUGUAUAGGUGUGGAUACUUGUCGGAGGUCGGAGCUUCGUUGGUUGAUGAGAAACUCAAAUUGGGAAUCGUACCACCUACAGGAGUUGUCGAAUUGGCUGCCCCAACAUUCUACUAUGACCGUAUCGAUAGAGCUAAGGCUCGUACAAAGGAAAGAAUUCAGUCGAGAUACCCAAACAUUGGACGACGUUUCCAUCGUAUUGGAUUGCCGGAAAAGACUGGCAGUUUCCAAUUGUUCGUCAAAGGAUAUCAAGAUGCUGCUCAUUGGCUCAGAACCUGGGUCAAUCAGCCGGAGACUGCACCACCACCGGUCACCCAAAGAGAGUUCCAGUUCUUGUUCGAAAAACUGGUUGCCUUGGACUAUAUCAUCCGUAACACCGAUCGUGGAAGUGACAACUGGCUUAUCAAGUAUAUCCUUGCCGAUGUGAUAGAUCGCGCACCGGUUCAUAACAAUGAUAUUCCAUGCGAUCCAGCUAAUGCUAAGCCUCAGGUACCUGGCGACGAGAAACUCAUCGAUUUGGUCGACUCAGAAAUGAUUCCAGAUGCACCACUUGGAUCUCUUCACAUCGAUGAUCCAGCUCCAGCAGAGGUCGAGUGGGCCGACGUUUCGAUUCCAACUGUUGACGUGGCAGCCAUUGAUAACGGAUUGGCAUUCCCGUUUAAACAUCCUGACGAGUGGAGAGCGUAUCCAUUCGGAUGGGCGCUUCUCCCACAGGCUCGUAUUCCAUUCUCGGAUGACAUCGUCGACUUGCUUCUGCCAAAGCUGGACGAUACUAAAUGGGUCCGUGAGCUCUGCGAGGAUCUCCGACGUGUUUUCAAGAACGACAAAGGAUUCGACAAGAAAAUCUUCGAGAAGCAAAUGUCGGUGAUGCGUGGACAAAUCUUCAACUUGCGAGAGGCUUUGAUGAAGAAGAAAAGCCCCUAUCAACUCAUUCAGAUGCCUCCACAGCUCAUGGUCGAAGUGAAACAAAAGAAGAAGAAGUCGAGACGUUCUCGCAACGCAGAGUACGAGGAGGCACCCAACUAUGAUUCGGACGCUUCUGCUGUGCACAGCGCAUCUGGCAAUGUGGAGCCUGAACAGCCCGGCCCUUCCACUUCAACUGCCGGCCCAUCGACUUCUUCCGAGGCGGGAGCAUCGAGCAUUGGCUCCAAAUCUUGGCAAGAGACAUAUGAGCAGAAAGUGCAGACUAAGCUCCCGUUCUUCCGUUGGUGGUGA